AGUAAACAUCGCCUAUUUAGAUGAGCUACACGCGAUUGUGUGCGAUGUGUGCAGCACGAGUGGUAAGAUGGGCAUCGUAAACGAAUACAUUCCCAAUGAACGCGGCACCGGCGUCGUCAAUCGCGUGAGUCACGGUCAGAGUCAUGCCGAUCUCAGAGGUAUACACAUCAGUUUUCGAUAACCGCAUCUCGACAUGAUUCCGACUUGUUCAAGAUUUCGCAGCCGAGCGAAUAAUUUUGUCGAACCACGAUUGGCAUCACAUCUCGCAGUAUGGCCACAACGACACGCACUGGACAAGCUUUCGAGCGCACAGCGUUCGAUGCCGUGAUCAAGCGAAGAUUGUUCUUCACGGAAGCCUUCGAGGUCUAUCGUAAUGCAAGCAACUUCACCGGUGACAACCGCGGUCUGUACGACUAUGGUCCACCAGGCUGUGCUCUACAGGCAAACAUCGUCGAUCUCUGGCGCAAACACUUCGUGCUAGAGGAGAACAUGCCCGAGGUCGACUGUACUGUCCUUACGCCCGAGGACGUCUUCAAGACCAGUGGCCACGUCGAUCGAUUCGAAGAUUGGAUGUGCCGCGAUGUAGUGAAGGGCGAUCACAUUCGAGCAGACCACCUCAUUGAAGCGGUGCUGCAGAAACGAUUGAGCAAUCAUGCCGCCACGCAGCCUGCCGAUUCGAGGGACUACGAUACAAAGAAAGAUACUAGCAAGGUGUUGAGCGAUGCGACAGUGGUCGAAUACGAAGAGAUCCUCGCAAAGAUCGACAACUACGAUGGUCCAGAAAUGGGCACAUUGAUUGAGAAGCUCGACAUCAGACAUCCUGACACCAACAACAAGGUCUCUCCACCCGUGCCCUUCAACCUCAUGUUCAAGUCUAGCAUCGGCCCAAGCGCCGCCGCGCCAGUUUACCUUCGCCCUGAGACAGCACAAGGUCAAUUCCUGAAUUUCCGCAAAUUGCUCGAGUACAACAACAACUCAAUGCCCUUUGCAUCUGCUUCGAUCGGCAAGUCAUAUCGGAAUGAGAUCUCUCCGCGAUCUGGUCUCCUACGAGUCCGGGAAUUCCUGAUGGCUGAGAUCGAGCACUAUGUCGAUCCCGAAGGCGCGAAACGACACGGGCGCUUCGAUGAAGUAUCUCAUGUCAGGCUCCCGCUACUCGAUCGCGAAACUCAGCUUUCCGGCAACACCAAGGUUCAGGUACGGUCCAUUGGCGAAGCAGUUAAAGAGAGGAUCGUAGACAACGAGACAUUGGGUUACUUCCUAGCUCGCAUUCAUUCUUUCCUGCUCAGCAUCGGUGUCGACGAGACGAAGCUUCGCUUCCGCCAACAUUUGCCGAACGAAAUGGCCCAUUAUGCCUGUGAUUGCUGGGAUGCAGAACUUCUGACCAGCUAUAGUUGGAUAGAGUGCGUCGGCUGCGCCGAUCGAAGUGCCUACGACCUGACAGUCCAUAUGCGCCGCACCGAGGAGAAGCUGCUGGUGCGAGAGCCGCUCGCAGAGCCCAAGAUCGUGACCGAAUGGCAAGCCAAGUUUGACAAAAAGGCGCUUGGUAAGACAUUUCGAUCGGCAGCGAAAGCCGUCGAGGAAGCGAUAAAUUCGAAGGAUCAACCAGCCCUUGCCGUGUUGGCCUCGACGCUCGUAGAUGCCGAACGAAUCACUAUCACCUUACCUAGCCGAGAAGACGUGGUGUUGGACCGUGCAAUCGUGAAAAUCGAGCAGAGCACUCGCGUCGAGAACGUCCGGGAGUAUGUCCCAAAUGUAAUCGAACCUUCUUUCGGCAUCGGUCGAAUCCUCUACAGUCUACUGGAACACGUAUACUGGCACCGGCCCGACGACGUAGCCCGCGCGGUCCUCUCCCUGCCACUAUCAGUCGCUCCCACCAAAGUCCUGAUCGUCCCGCUAUCCACGCAACUCGACUUCGCGCCCAUCGUGCGUCAUCUCUCACAGUCCCUCCGCAAACUCGGCAUCCCGACCCGCGUGGACGACUCGAGCGCGGAACGACGAACUGGGCACACCCUUGGGCAUCACGGUGGAUUUCGAGACGGUCAGGGACGGCUCCGUGACGCUGCGCGAGCGCGACAGCACCCGGCAGGUCCGCGGCGGUCAGGAGGCUGUUGUGGCCGCGGUGAAGAAUCUCGUCGGGGGUGUGGAGACGUGGGAGGAGGUCUGUGGUAGACUUCCACGUUUUGCGGCAAAGGAGUGAGAAGAGUUGAGUGACAGGUAGAGGAGAAUGCUCUGCCUCGCUUUCCCCCGCCCAAUGGAAUGUGGAUAUAUGUAUGUGAUCGGCGGUGCUUUCGAUUUCAGAAAGAUCUCUUUUUCACAGAUCUCCCUGAUACCCCGUCUUGACAUAUAGACAUUCGUAUACAGCAUUUACUGCACGACAUGUUCAUGGUCCUUGGAAACUUCCGAAUUGGUGCCAGAAGACAGAAUCGGAUAGAGCAUGGGACAGAUGACAAGGCAGGACACGGGGGUGGUUCCGACCAAGACGUCACUACACGAUGAGAGGCAGAAGUUCAUGAUAUAAGGAUGAAUUGUUUUUUCUUAUUUCGACAAAAUACAGAGGUUUUCUUUCCGAGAGGCGGGCC